UCAGUGGUUUUCCAAGGAUGCAGACGUCAGUCGACCAGCAGAACACAUCGCAGUCAGUCCAGAUCAACUUAAUAAUGAAUGUUCUGCCGUGGCUCCUUCUAUUGCUGAAAGGAGUUUGUUCGCUGAGGCCUAUAUAUAUCAGGACAGGUGAGAUGGUGGUUCUGCGCUGCCCCCUUAAAAAAGAUGCCAAUGCUACUCUUUUGUGGACCACUCCAUCCAGACAAGGAAAGACGCUGACCAGCAGCAUGUCAGCAGGAUCAGCUGAUUUAGGUCAGAUGGACAUGAUGCCUCGGGGACGCAGUCUUGUGAUUCUGACAGCAUCUAUGAAGCAUCAUGGAAACUACUCAUGCUCAAUUAGGAACGACAGCAGCAGUUUCUGGUUCAGUCUGAUUGUGUAUGGACCAGAUUCCAGAGAGUAUGAAGAAAGGAAUCUAUAUUCAGCAAAAUGCUAUACAGAAGAUUUCUGCACACUGUAUUGUCCAAAAGUGCACAUCCCCAAUCAUGAUACUCCUGAUAUCACGAGCAGAGGGAUUACAUGGCACAAGGAGGGGGAGAGAUUAGCAACAUCAAAUACAUUCUCAAAUGUGACAGAAAAAGAUGGUGGUGUCUACACAUGCAUCAGGUCGUUCUUGUACAACAAUCAUAUUUACAAUAUGACCUUCAAAAUGAUACUGGAAAUCCAGCAUAGCAGUAAAGCAAAACCUGAGAUCCUCUCACCAAAGCAUAAGGAUGUGUUCCUCGUAAAUUUAGGCUCAACAGUGGUUAUUCAUUGCAAAACUGUUUUGAAUUCAGACUUGAAUCAGGUGUUUUGGCUAAGUGACAGUUCAUUUGUAGAUACCAACGAGAAUCUGCCUGUUUUCUAUAAUCAUUCAAGCGUCGUACAUAGAGAUCAAAUAAAUAUGACAGCAACUUUGGUCCUCAGAGAUGUGUCAGAGGAAGAUCUGUUGAAGAAUUACACCUGUAAACUGGAAUCUGACCAGCACACAAGUUUUGCCACCAUCUCUCUGGCUGAAAAAGCCCGUCCAGUGCCCUGUUUCUUGAAUGUCUUGGUGAUCAUUUGCAUUUUGGUCAUUGUUACUGUGGUUUUGAUCAUUUUGCUAUCACUGGCAUACCAUCUAAGAAAGUCCAAAUUUUCAAUUUGCUAGGUCUAAAAAACUGGGCAUCUAUGGGUGGUUCUGACAGGACCCAGUACCCAUUGGAACUAGUCCUUGAUGUUAUAUAGAACUCAUAUUUGCUGGUAUAAUAAUUUUUGAAGCUAUUGAUCUGUUAAUUUUUUUUUACCUUUACAGUUUUAUUUCAUCCAUCCAUUUUCAAACACACUUAAUCCCAAGUGGGGUCGUGAGGGGUGCUGGCGCCUAUCUCCAGCUGUCAAUG